GCCCGCUGCGUCCGCCUUCCGGGUCUCGGGGGACGAUGUUGCCCGGCGCUCGGAGCUCUGCGUCGCGCGCGCUGCGCCGUGCUUUUCGGGAAAUGGGUCAUCACUGCCCGUGAGAUCGGACCGCUCCUCAGCAGCCGUCUCCGGAAUGAGUUUGGGCUUAUGUUGAUUUUUCUUAUGUUCGGUCGGUGGAAGGUGUUGGCAUUUAUGUUUGCCUCUAAACCAGUGCUUUGCCGGCCACCUAAAUGACUCUCUUUGAGAAAUCGUAUCUGUUCUCUCCCUCAGCUUUCUGGAUUAUGUCAAUGACUGCUAGCACUUAUUACGGUAACAUACGGCCUGUUUCUCCUUGGCGUUGGCUGUUUUCUGUUGUUGUUCCCGUUCUGAUCGCCUGUAAUGGCUUUAAAAAGAAAAGCCUAGAUCACAGUGGGGCGUUAGGAGGGCUAGUGGUUGGAUUCAUCCUGACCAUUGCAAAUUUCAGCUUUUUUACCUCUUUGUUGAUGUGCUCUGCUGGAGACACCUGGGCUUCAGAAGUUGGCCCAGUUCUAAGUAAAAGCCAGCCAAGGCUGAUUACAACCUGGGAGAGAGUUCCAGUUGGAACCAAUGGAGGGGUUACAGUGGUGGGACUUGCUUCCAGUCUGCUCGGUGGAACCUUUGUGGGCAUCACCUACUUCCUCACACAGUUGGUUUUUGUGAAUGAUUUAGACAUAUCUGCCCCUCAGUGGCCAAUUAUUGUAUUUGGGGGUCUGGCUGGAUUACUAGGAUCAAUUGUGGACUCAUAUUUAGGGGCGACAAUGCAAUUUUCUGGUUUGGAUGAAAACACUGGCAUGGUGGUCAACAACCCGACAAAUACAGCAACGCACAUAGCAGGAAAACCUAUUCUUGAUAACAAUGCGGUGAAUCUGUUUUCUUCUAUCCUUACUGCCCUCCUUCUCCCAACAGUUGCUUGUGGUUUUUGGCCCACAGAGUGAGCUUUACUUAAUUUCUACAGGUUGGAGCUGGGUGUGGUGGUGCACACCUGUAAUCCCAGCACUUGGGAGGCUGAGGCAGGAGGAUCGUUGUGAGUUU